CCGCCCGCUGUAAGCGCUGCCCCGGCCGCCGCCGCUCUUUUUCGGGCCGGCCGGCGGCAUGGCUGUGUCCUGGAGGAGCUGGCUGGCCAACGAAGGGGUUAAGCACCUCUGCCUGCUUCUCUGGCUCUCCUUGAAUGUCCUGCUUUUCUGGAAAACCUUCCUGCUGUAUAACCAAGGGCCGGAGUAUUACUACCUCCACCAGAUGUUGGGGCUAGGAUUGUGUCUAAGCAGAGCCUCUGCAUCUGUUCUAAACCUCAACUGCAGCCUUAUCCUUUUACCCAUGUGCCGAACCCUCCUGGCUUACCUUCGAGGAUCCCACAAGGUUCCAAGCAGGAGAACCAGAAGAUUGCUGGAUAAAAGCAGAACAUUCCAUAUAACCUGCGGCGUUACUAUCUGUAUUUUCUCAGGUGUGCACGUGGCUGCCCAUCUGGUGAACGCCCUCAACUUCUCAGUGAACUACAGUGAGGAUUUCGUUGAACUGAAUGCAGCAAGAUACCGAGAUGAGGAUCCUAGAAAACUUCUCUUCACAACUGUUCCUGGCCUGACAGGGGUCUGCAUGGUAUUGGUACUAUUCCUCAUGAUUACAGCUUCUACAUACGCGAUACGAGUUUCUAACUAUGACAUCUUCUGGUAUACUCAUAAUCUCUUCUUUGUCUUCUACAUGCUGCUGAUGUUGCAUGUUUCAGGAGGGCUGCUGAAGUAUCAAACUAAUUUAGACACCCACCCUCCUGGCUGCAUCAGUCUUAAUGGAACCCGCUACCAGAAUAUUCACUUGCCAGAGUAUCUCUCAGAACAUUUUCAUGACUCUUCUGGAGAAUUUUCAAAACCAGAUGAACUUACCCAGAAAACAUUUGUGAAGAUUUGUAAGGAAGAGCCCAGGUUCCAAGCUAAUUUUCCACAGACUUGGCUUUGGCUUUCUGGACCUUUGUGCCUGUAUUGUGCUGAAAGACUUUACAGGUGUAUCCGGAGCAAUAAGCCAGUCACCAUCAUCUCGGUCAUCAGUCAUCCCUCAGAUGUCAUGGAAAUCCGAAUGGUCAAAGAAAAUUUUAAAGCAAGACCUGGCCAGUAUAUUAUUCUACAUUGUCCCAGUGUGUCUGCAUUAGAAAACCAUCCAUUUACCCUCACAAUGUGUCCUACUGAAACCAAAGCAACAUUUGGGGUCCACCUGAAAAUAGUAGGAGACUGGACAGAACGAUUUCGAGAUUUACUACUUCCUCCAUCUGGUCAAGACUCCGAGAUUCUGCCCUUCAUUCAAUCUAGACAUUAUCCCAAGCUGUACAUUGAUGGUCCCUUUGGAAGUCCAUUUGAGGAAUCCCUGAACUAUGAGGUUAGCCUCUGCGUGGCCGGAGGCAUUGGAGUAACUCCAUUUGCGUCAAUACUCAACACCCUGCUGGAUGACUGGAGACCAUACAAGCUUAGAAGACUGUAUUUUAUUUGGGUGUGCAGAGACAUCCAGUCCUUCCGCUGGUUUGCAGACUUACUCUGUAUGUUGUAUAACAAGUUUUGGCAAGAGAACAGACCUGACUAUGUCAACAUCCAGCUGUACCUCAGUCAAACAGAUGGCAUACAGAAGAUAAUUGGAGAAAAAUAUCAAGCACUGAAUUCAAGACUUUUUAUUGGACGUCCUCGGUGGAAACUCCUGUUUGAUGAAAUAGCAAAAUGUAACCGAGGGAAAACAGUCGGUGUUUUUUGCUGCGGACCCAAUUCAAUUUCUAAGACUCUUCAUAAACUGAGUAACCGAAACAACUCAUAUGGGACAAGAUUUGAAUACAAUAAAGAAUCUUUCAGCUGAAAACCUUUGAGAUGAACCAGGACUCUAAAGAAGGAAUGAGUGCAAUUUAUAAGACUUUGAAACUCGGCUGAAUCAAACAGCUGUGUCUUGCCAAAGAGUAGCAAGAUUUUCUUAUUUAUGAUUAUUUAAAAUGGAAAUGCAGAGAAUGUGGCCAGAUGACAGGUCACAUUACAUGUUUAAUUUGGAAACCAAAGAGGCUUUGAAGAAUAUUUGAUGUGAUGAUUCACUUUUCAAUGCUCGAAUUAAAAGAAAGCUAUUAGAUGCACACCGUUGAUUUUUAUGGCAGAUUCAAGAACUCCCUAGUGAGGAGCUGCACUUGCUCACUGGGAGGCUGAUAGCUUCGGUCCUCUUUAAAUUGUUUUUGGUUGAACAAAUGCAAGAUUGAAUGAAAUUAAAAAUUCAUUGAAACUCAGAUUACAUUUUCUAUGUGAGUAUAAACAGAGUAGCUUUGAUUUAGAAAAGCUCCAAGCAAAUCUAUUAGAUGUUUGAAAAUACAAUAUGAGACUCUGUAUUGAUACGGGUACUUUACGUCAAUAUCUAAUCUCCCUCACUACUGAUGCUAAUGCCUCUACUUGAUAUCUGUAAACCUUAUGCUGAAUGAACCUUGUGCAGACAUUGAUAUAGCGUCUAUUUUUAUAUUUUUCCUUCUUUUUUCCUCUGUCUAAGGAAAUCUGCCCUCCUUUGGCACAUGUUGGACACAAGGAUUUAAUCGGUCCUUUUCAUCCCCAACUUAUUUAAUCUAUUGCUAUUGCAUAGUAAUGAGGAAAACGUUAAUACUAUAAAUUAUAAAGGGAUACAUAGACUAAUAGCUUUUUUCCUUUUCCAGCAUUUUAGGCUCUAUUAUUUUUAUUUACUUUUUUUCCCAGCAUAGUUUUUCUUAGUUUUUAGGCUCUUAAGGGGAUUUGUUUAAUUUGCACUUUGAGACCAAAGUGGUCACUGAGAUAGAAGUUCUUUCUCUUGAAUCUCAUAAAUCACACCUUGAUUUAUGCUGGAGAUAUUGAGAGUAUGGUCACAUUCCUGAACACGAAACCUGUCUUUCACUUUCUACACGACAGGAAAUAUUUCGUGAGUCAUUCGAAUUUAAGUUCAGAAUCAAGAUUAUUAUUGUUGCACUGUCUGGUAUUCUGGGUUUUGAUAGGGAAUUAUUGAGUUUGAAGUCACUGCUGAGACCUCACUCUGUGAUCCUUUGAGUUUAUGCUCCCUGGCGAUUAUAUCUGGGCUUAGAGGAAAAAUCUACUACCUUAAGAAUUAAGGCAUUUUUACAACUUACUGAUUUGUUCUUUAGGCAUCUAUCAAUUGCUAUCAAAUAUGAUGCAUUGCUGAAAUCAACAGCAUGGCUUGUCUUGCCUUUGUUAAAAUUUUUCAUGAUGUAACAUAACAUGAUAAUGCUACUGUCACUUUUUGCUCUCAUUCACAAUAGCAGUCAACUGUGUUAAACCAUUCAGCAUUGAAUGCCCAUACACGUAUUACUUACAGAUAUUUCUUCCUCUCCUUGGAAUUCAUUCUUCUCCCUUCUUGGAAGGAAAGUGAGUUAGAAUAACAUAUGGAAAAAGUGCAAUAUUGCUACAGAUUUAGUUUCGAAGGCAUAUUUAAUAACCAGUACAUCUUGUAACACUUUGUAAAUUAAAAAGAAUUCUAAAGAUACC